CGGGUAGAUCAAAAACUGGGUGAAAGGGAAACCCACGAUCGUAAAUUGACUCGCAUGACGUCCAUAUGGCUGAUUAUUACGCUAAAGCUGAAACCCUUCUGGCCUUCUGCUUGCCUUCUGGCUUUGUUUUUAUCUCAUUCAUCAAAUUUUUCGUUUGUUUUUAACAAAGCUGCCACUGGAAUUCGUGGCUAUCCAACGACCGCCGGCCUGGCGCUGAGGAGGCCUAUUAGCUGUGCCACAGCACGAUAACUGCCAACCAGGUUCUCCUGUAUAUCAACUUGCAUAUCAACGCGUUUCAAGUUGUCAUUUUUCUUUCAACCUGACCACCAUUGUUGUCCAACUCGACUCUGAACACCAUCUCAAUAUGGCACCCGCCGUGCCCAAGAAAGCUAAAAAAAUUGGGCGCGCACUCAAAUCCGCAGCGCGUUUCCCGGGUCGUGGUAUUGGACGAAACAAUUUCUCUCCUUCACCAGGCGAACAGCCCGUUGUUUAUCUCCGUGUUCAAGUACAAGGCUGUCGUGGCCUUGCAAGGGCUCGGAAUGGCACACAGCCAAAAGAGGGCGACAUCAAUCCCUUGGUCGUCGUUUCCCUCCUUAACAAUCGCCACAAUACUCCUGUCCUCAAACGCACGCAGAAUCCCGUUUAUGCAGCUAAAGAUGCAACCUUUGAUUUUCCUAUCUACCUCUCCCUUGCUGAUAGGCUAGGAUCUGUCGAACUAGUUGUCUGGGACAAGGAUACUUUGAAGUUGAAGAAGGAAUACGUCGGCGAAGUCGCACUUGCUCUCGAGUCCUGGUUCAGGGACAGCGACGGAGAUGUACUUGCCAGUGGCCUAGGUUUCUCAGCGGAAGCCAAUAAGCCACGCUCUGUAAACCUCGUAUCCACACGCGCAAACACGCACGCAUCGGGGAUGGCAGUCAUCAAACUCGGUUUCGUUGCACCCCCUGGUGCACAGGCCACAAUGGAUUUUGACCGAGUCUUUGCCGAACUCGUAAAGCGAUCGCGCCCGAGUCUCGUUUCUGCCCCUCCAACAGAGGGCAUCGGCACCAUGCGAUCCCACCUCACAGGCCCAGCAUACGAAGAUGACGGUGGAAUCAGCUCUGACGAGGAAGACGACGACGAUGUUGUGGAGGAAGGUGAAGAGGGGGACGAAGACCUCAUUCCCCACCUCUCCCGUCUUUACCUCUCCCCAUCCCUCCUCCAGGAUCACUCUCCUGAGAGUCAAGAACUAACACCGGAGACGGCGCGCCCCGAUGACCUCCCGUCUCCUCUUAUUCCACGUUCCUCACCGAUCUCCCACGAACAGCCUGAGGAACGGGAGCCUGAGGCCGCGCGUCCGUUGCCUCCUACGACCACUACAAAUGUACCUACCCUGAUCAUCCCUACCAUGCCCAGCGCCACUGCGUCCGCAUCCAAAAGCAGACUCCCGAAACUCUUCCCCCGCCGGCCCAAUCUCCUAACUUCACCAUCAUAUGAUACGCAUACUCCUCCCACGGAACGUACGCAUCGCCGAUCAGCGAGUGCUAGUGCCAUCGUCCCCAUUUCCCUUUCUUCUCCCGUUUCUCCAAGUCCUCCCAGUCCCGCCGUCUAUCAGCCGCCGAAAAAGAGGUUCCGGAAAUCAUGGUCAAGCAAAAAGGUAGAUUACAACUUCUCUGCUGCGAAUUCAAACGAUAUCGUCGGGAUCGUCAUGCUCGAGAUACAAGGCGCCAGUGAUUUGCCUAAGCUGAAGAACAUAACCCGUACCGGGUUCGACAUGGACCCAUUCGUAGUGAUCUCUUUCUCCAAAAAGAUCUUCCGUACGCGCGUUAUCCGACACUCCCUCAACCCCACCUGGGACGAGAAACUUCUCUUCCACGUCCGUCGAUACGAGACGUCUUUCAAGGUGCAAAUGACCGUCCUAGACUGGGAUAAACUAUCGAGUAACGAUCACGUGGGAGAUGCUUGGUUGGACGUGGGUGAAUUGGUGAGAGACGCGCCCCAGCCUGAUCCAAGGACGGGGUUGUAUGCGGAUGUGGGCGGGGAGAGCGAUACGGAGGGAAGUGGGAGUAGUGAAGGGAGAGAGAUGAGGCAGUUUUGUCUGCCGUUGACGACGGCGAAGGAGAUGCCUUGGGAGGCGAAGCAUAAUCCUACCAUCUCAUUCCGAGCAAAGUUCCAGCCCUACGCGGAGCUUCGUCAGCGCUUCUGGGCACAGUAUCUCAAACAGUACGAUACAGACGAUACAAGUUCUAUUUCACACGUGGAACUCACAUCAAUGCUCGAUUCUCUCGGCUCCACCCUCUCUGCGCAAACCAUCGACUCCUUCUUCACCCGACACCGCAAACGACCAGUAGAAGAUGAACUAACGUUCGAAGAAACUAUCCAAUGUCUAGAAACAGAGCUCGGACGACCAGCGUGCGAGAAAAAGAGGAUCGACACGAUUGAUAGCUUCAUGGACAGGGACAGCAGUGCUUCUGCGUCGGAGUCUGUUACGCCUGGGGAAGAGCUUGGCUUGGCGCUUGGACGGCCGUUCUUGGGAGGGUUGGAUUUCUCGGGUCCACCGUUGAGUGCGAUAUUAGGGGAGGAGUCGCCGGUUGAGAUGGGGAGGCCGUUGUUUGUGACGGAGGCGAAUGAGAGGCCGUUGUUGAAUAUUGCAGAGCCGUUGUUGAGCGUCGCGGAGCCAUUGUCGGUGGUUUCAACGCCUUCAGGGUCUACAUCCAGCAACACACGACAGGACUCUAGUUCCUCAUCCGAUCCAGAUGACACGACUUCAACACAAGUCUGCUCGGAUACCUUCGAGCGGGUGAUCAAUAUCAGGAAUUGCCCGCUUUGUCACAGGCCACGAUUGAACUCGAAAGCGGAGAUGGACAUCAUCACGCAUCUGGCUAUAUGCGCGAGUCAGGAUUGGGCGAAGGUGGAUAGGAUCGUGGUGGGGAAUUUCGUGACUGCUAGUCAGGCGCAGAGGAAGUGGUAUACGAAGGUUAUUUCGAAGGUGUCGAAUGGGAAUUAUAGGAUUGGAGCGAACUCGGCGAAUAUCAUCGUGCAGAAUCGAAUGACGGGACAGCUGGAAGAGGAGAAAAUGCAGGUGUAUGUGAGGCUUGGGAUUCGGUUGUUGUAUAAGGGUGCUAGAGGGAGGAUGGAGGGUGCACGAGCUCGCCGCCUUCUCAAGUCAUUGUCCAUCAAGCAAGGCGCCAAGUACGACUCCCCAGAAUCCGCUCGCGAUAUCCCGAGUUUCAUCGAGUUCCAUGGACUCAAGGUCGAUGAGAUCUUAGAGCCAAUAAGCUCUUUCAAAACCUUCAACGAUUUCUUCUACCGCAAACUCAAGCCCUCCGCCCGACCCGUCGAAAGCCCCGACGACCCACGUCGCCUCGUCAGUGCCGCAGACUGCCGCUUAAUGGUCUUCGAAACCGUUUCCGAAGCUACUAAGCUCUGGAUCAAAGGCCGCGAGUUCAGCGUGGCGAGGUUACUAGGCGAUGCGUACCGCGAUGAGGCGGAGAAGUACGUAGGUGGGCCAUUGGCGAUUUUCAGGCUUGCGCCGCAGGAUUAUCAUCGGUUCCAUGUUCCUGUGGAUGGAAAGAUCGGGGAAAUGAGGGAUAUAAAGGGGGAGUAUUAUACUGUGAAUCCUCAAGCGAUUCGGAGUGCGUUGGAUGUGUAUGGGGAGAACGUGAGGAAGAUCAUACCGAUUGAUAGUCCACAGUUUGGACGGGUGAUGGUGGUCUGCGUUGGUGCGAUGAUGGUGGGGAGUAUCAAGACGACUGUUGAAGAGGGGCAAGAUGUCAAGCGUGGUCAAGAGCUUGGAUAUUUUGCGUUUGGGGGCUCGACGCUCGUCGUCUUAUUCGAGCGGGGAGCGGUAGAGUGGGAUGAAGAUCUAGUGAUCAAUGGAAGAGCGUGUUUGGAGACGUUGGUUAGAGCGGGGAUGGGGAUUGGGAGUUGUAGACGGAAUGGUAGUGGUGGCCAUCACCGGGCAUGAUUCGGAAUAUUAUUGUGUGCAUGGACAUUACGGACGGCAAGAGCGUUUCAAAUUUCAAUUAAGGCGAUACCACACAUACAUACAUCAUUAGCUUAUAGUUCGAUAUCGUAUUGAGAGAUCAUCAUCGAUUUUAUUUUUGGUGGA